AUGACCCACGGCUUAUCACUAUCUCCACCGGUUGCAUCGCUUAUACAGUCAUGCGUUAGCUCAGCGCAGGCGAUUUUGAAGACGCUCCGUGCCUUGGCAGAUGAAGAUCUCAUCGAGGCAUUUUUGCCUUUUCAGAUUGAGUAUGCCUCGUCGUCAGCGUUCCUCCUCCACCUAAUCCCUAUAAUCUGCCCAUCUCUUCUUUCAGAUGAUUCAUGGCGUGAUGAUGCUCGCUAUGUAUUUGACACUCUGAUUGCGAAAGGAAGUCUCAUUGCUCCUUUGCGUAAAGUAGAGCUUGAGCAGUUGGAGCAAAAGUUAUCUGCUCUGACGCCGGCUAGUAAUAUCGCAACACCGGAAGUACCAAACCAGAGAGAAGAUCAUGUCGACGUCCAAGAAGAGCAAAACGGAGAACCUGACUUACAGGAACAUGUCUCGGAUGAGACAGGAUGGGACCUCUUUGCGGCUAAUGCCAUGGCGGGGUUGACGCCUGGGGAGUUGCUAGAUCUGGCAGAACAGCUCGAUGUAGAUAGUUUUCUGUAUCAGCCCGAGAUGUAA